AUGUCACAGUCCGAUUUCUCAACUAAGAUCGAGUCCUUCGACUCCGAAAAAAAGCCCCAGGUUGGGCAUGUUGAGUACCGAGAUGAGGCAGAAGCUCGUACUGGCGGUGAGCCGCAUUUUAAGACGAGCAAGCUGUCCAACCCAUUGGAAUCACUUUCUCGUGAAACCCUUCUGCGAGACGUAAACAGCUUUGCUGAAAAGUUCAACUUGCAAGACGUGGUAACAGACCUUGAGCACGGUGCGCUUAUUGCCCAGCGUCCAACAGAGUUUGAAGAUAUUCCCGAUCUUACCGAAGACGAAAAAGAUGCGCUACGCAAUGAGAAGGAGCACAAAUGGUCCCACCCCUUCGCUAUGUAUGCGACCAUUGUUUUGUGCUCAAUCGGUGCUUGCGUUCAGGGUUGGGAUCAAACUGGUUCUGCGGGUGCCAAUCUUUCGUUCCCUACAGAGUUUGGUAUUCCUAUUGACAAUAGCAGCAGUCCGGACUAUAAUAAAAACAACUGGAUCGUUGGUCUGGUUAACUCAGCACCAUAUAUCUCGGCCUUUGCAUGCUCAGUGUGGCUUGCAGACCCCUUUAAUCACGUAUUUGGUCGUCGUGGAACUUUGUUUUUUGCAGCGAUUUUCUGUAUCGCCGCACCUCUCGGCUCGGCAUUCACUCACAAAUGGUGGGAGCUCUUCAUCUGCCGUUUGCUGCUGGGCCUGGGUGUAGGUUUCAAGGAAGUCACGGCUCCUGUUCUUGCAGCUGAGAACGCACCCACGAUCAUUCGAGGUGCACUGGUCAUGUCCUGGCAAAUGUGGACGGCUUUUGGUAUCUUUUUGGGGUACAGUGCCAACUUGAUUGUGCACGACGUCGGCCGUAUUGCCUGGCGUCUGCAGCUUGGUUCAGCUUUGAUCCCUGCAGUUCCACUUUUAGCUUUGGUUUAUCUUGUUCCUGAAUCUCCCCGUUGGUAUUUGAAACGGGGGAAGAUCGAAAAGGCAUGGGAGUCUCUUCUCAAGCUUCGCAAACAUCGGGUUUUGGCUGCUCGGGAUUUGUACUAUAUUUACGUUCAAAUUCUGCAGGAACGGGAAAUGGUUGGAAACAACAACGUUUUCAAGCGAGUGUGCGAACUAUUUUACAAGAACCGUUUACGUCAAGCUACUCUAGCGUCUUUUGUCGUAAUGAUUGCCCAGCAAAUGUGUGGUAUCAACGUUAUUUCUUUCUUCUCUUCGUCCAUUUUCCAAGAAGUUACCGGUAAUGUCACGCAAUCAAUGUGGGCAUCUUGGGGAUUCGGCUUGAUCAACUUCCUGUUCGCUAUCCCAGCAUUUUACACGAUUGACACUUUCGGUCGACGAUCCCUUUUGCUGUUCACGUUCCCGAACAUGUUUUGGACAUUGCUCGUCGCUGGCCUUUCGUACCUUAUCACAGAUGGUGACGCUAAGCUUGGCAUGAUGGCCACGUUUAUUUAUCUUUUCACCAUUUUCUAUUCGCCUGGUGAGGGCCCUGUACCUUUCACAUACUCUGCCGAAGUUUUCCCCUUGUCGCAUCGUGAAAUCGGUAUGGCAUGGGCUGUAACUGUUAACAAUUUCUUUGCUGCAGUUUUGUCUUUGACGUUCUUCCGUAUGAACGCAGCAAUGACGACCACUGGUGCAUUCGGUUUCUACGCCGGUCUUAAUUUAGUGGCGUUUGUUUGGAUCUUCCUCUGGGUACCUGAGACCAAACAGCUGUCGCUUGAAGAGCUGGAUGAUGUGUUCUCUAUUCCAACUCACACUUUCACAAAGUACCAGACGUCUGUGUGGCUGCCCUGGUUCUGCAAACGGUACAUUCGCUUUGACAAGAGCGCCGAAUUGGUAGACUUACUGGACUACGCACAUGGCACGCGCCCCUCAGAUCUCAGAGAAGACGGCAGAUUUGAUAACAACAAGAUUUAG